CCCCAAAAGAGGAUCAUCUCUCACCCACCGUCGUCAUGACUCUACAGCCCGAACGCAACGAAGCGGCCGUCAAGGCGCAGUUCGCACGAUUUUAUUUGGAACGAACCACGCAAGAGCUGGCCGAGGACCUCGACAAAGUCAGGAGCGCCGACGACUUCAAGGCGGACUCGGUCGCGUUCCUGGUGCACGCCCUUCGGCAGGGCGUGGCGCAAUUUUCCACUCACGAUCAACAAAGGGCCGUUGCCGACCCAUCGAAGCCCGACGCAGACCGAGGCGAUAACUCAUAAAGAAGCCUAUCUUGGCAGAUUGCACCGCGUCCGUCGCAUCACUACCAGUCAGCCAGCGCCCGCCCCAUUUGCUGGCAUUCACAUGCGCGACCCAAGCGCGGCUGUCAGCCUUGAUGUGCGCAGAACGGCGCGUAAUGUCGAUGAUCCUGCGCAUUGACAGCCAAUGCUGCGAGUCACGCAGUAAGGGGCUCUAAGCCCUGUCCCCAGGGAGCCCCGGCCACCUUGCGAAGGAUUCAGCCCAUCUUUGACUACCGAGUCGCUGCUCUGCCCGACUACGCACUUUGGUCCUCCACGACGCCUUGGUCAUCCCACAAAAGAACAAAGACCUAGGCAAACCAUUUUCAUUCAAUCGUCAAG